AUGAAAUCUCUCCUUCUCUCUCGGCAAGCGAUCCAUCGUGUUUCAUUGUUAUCUGCAAAAACCCCAACUUUCUGCAGAAGCUUCUCCGCCAUUACACCGUCCAUUUCUCACUCUGAAGGGCACCCGAGAAGCUAUGACGAACUAUCCCCAUCCAAAAAUGCCGAGAUCCCUAGACCCAUUUCAUCAUUCAGUCGAUAUUUCCACUGUACUCGCGAGUCCCGACUCAGUGAGUCCAGCGCCUCCCAGAUUGACGACUCGAAUGACCAGGAGGAAGAUGACGGCGACGAAGAUGGGACCACAAACGAAUUCCUCUCCCGAUUCGUUUGGAUAAUGCGUGGCAAAGUCUCUGAAGCUUACCCAGACUGUGACAAGAAGAUGGUUGACGGAAUGCUUCUGCUUAUCGUCCAAAAAGUCGUGGAGGAGAUCGAAAGAGGCGGAUUCAACAAGGUUGGAUCAGCUCCACCUUCGCCGUCAUCGGAGUUCAGCGAUGAUCUAUGGAGUACAAUCUGGGAAGUUAGUAAUACAGUGUUGAAAGAUAUGGAGAAGGAGAGGAAGAAGGAGAAGAUGAAGCAAUACGUUCAAUCUCCGGAAGUGAUGGAGAUGUGUAGAUUUGCUGGAGAAAUCGGCAUCCGUGGGGAUUUGCUUAGGGAACUUAGAUUCAAAUGGGCACGAGAGAAGAUGGAAGACGCCGAGUUUUAUGAGAGCUUAGAGCGGCAACGCGAUUUGGAUAAUUCAGUAGCGGAAUCCGAAACAGUCGACGGAGAAGAAGAAGAGGGAGCUAUGGCCUCAGAAGAAACCCAACCUCGGAGUAUCUCUCUUCCUAAACGAAAGGGGAAGUUCAAGUACAAGAUCUACGGGCUUGAACUAUCGGAUUCAAAAUGGAGUGAAGUAGCUGAUAAGAUCCACGAAGCUGAGGAGGAAGCUGAUUGGAGAGAGCCGAAACCUGUAACUGGAAAAUGCAAAUUGGUUAUGGAGAAGCUCGAGUCUCUGCAGGAAGGAGAUGAUCCCUCAGGCUUGCUUGCUGAAUGGGUUGAGUUAUUGGAGCCUCAACGUGUGGACUGGAUUGCUUUACUUAAUCAGUUGCGAGAAGCAAACACUUAUGCAUACACAAAGGUGGCAGAACUUGUCCUGGAUGAUAAAUCGUUCAAGGCAAGUAUCUCGGACUACUCAAAACUCAUACAUAUCCAUGCUAAAGAGAACCACACUGAAGAUGUCGAGAGGGUUCUAAAGAAAAUGUCUCAGAAUGGGAUCUUCCCUGACAUUUCAACCGCCACAGCAUUGAUUCACAUGUACAGUAAAUCAGGGAACCUUGAGCGUGCAACCGAGGCAUUUGAAAGCUUGAAGAGCUAUGGUUUACGGCCAGACAAUAAGAUCUACACAUCCCUGAUCAUGGGCUAUGUAAACGCCGGCAAGCCUAAACUAGCUGAAAGGUUGAUGAGAGACAUGGAAGCAAGAGACAUAAAGUGUUCAGAAGAAGUUUACAUGCCUCUGCUUCGAGCUUUUGCACAAAUGGGAUACGCCGAUGGAGUCGCAGGGGUUUCUAUGUUGCAGCUUGCAUCAAAGGAUCCGCAGAGUUUCGAAGUAUACAGUCUACUUGUGGAAGCAUACGCGAAAGCAGGGAAGGUGGAUCAAGCGAAAACCAACUUUGAACUACUGAGAAGGCGUGGGCACAAACCCGAUGACAAGUGCAUUGCAAAUAUGGUCAAAGCAUAUAAGGGAGAGAACUCGUUGGAUAAAGCACUGAGACUUUUGCUGAAGCUUGAGAAAGAUGGGAUCGAAAUCGGUGUGAUCACGUACACAGUUCUUGUUGAUUGGAUGGCUAAUCUCGGGCUCAUCGAGGAAGCUGAGCAGCUUCUGGUCAAGAUCUCUCAGCUAGGAGAAGCUCCACCAUUUGAGCUCCAGGUGAGCUUGUGCUAUAUGUAUUCCAUUGCCAGGAAUGAGAAGAAGACUCUACAAGCUCUCGGGGUCUUGGAAGCUAAGAAAGAUCAAAUGGGACCUAACGAGUUUGAAAAAGUUAUAACUGGAUUGAAAAUGGGUGGGUUUGAGAAAGAUGCGAGAAGAAUGUUCAAGCACAUGGAAGCCCGAAAGUUUUUACCUUCAGAUAGAUUGAAAAUCGAUAUGGGUGCAUCGCCGUCUUUUGGAUUUAGUAAUAGAGCGAGACGAUAG